CCUUGCACGAUCGCCCUCGUGGUCCACGCCAUACGCUGCUGGCUAUCGCACUGGCCCUUGCUUCAGCCUACACGGUUGCCCGCAGUCGACAACUUACGGCUGCGCCCUCCCAUCCCAGCCAAGACUCUUAUCCGUUGCGAUAAGCUCGUAGCUGCCUGUUGGACUUUCACCUGCUUUCGACCACGCUUUCCAAAAGUUAAAAAUCCGACACAAGGCAGGCAAGCACUCUUGCCGUUGGCCUUUGUCAAUUGAUCUCAUCACGGUGCUUCCAAACACCGCCCAACUUUGACGACUGAUCAACAACAUCUAUCUAUCAAAACCCACAUGCUCCAGGACCAUCCCUAGACUCAGCUCAAAGUCGUCUCCUAUCUUUACCUCUCAAGGUGCGCGCGAGCACACAACAUAUUGAUUUCGUUACAAAAGACACAAGUUUCAACCUGCCAAAUGGCAGCUUCGGCUCCCACCACGAGCCCAGGGCACGACGUUAGCCCCAAGACUGCCGUUCCCGUCAACGCAAGCCAGGAGUAUUUCCCAAAAGAGACCGGCGGCUCAACGACAAGUCAUAAGACCGACGACAGCGUCGAUUCGUCAGAGUUCAAGUCUUCCUACACCUCUACCCUCUCUGAUACCACGCCUGCCCCAGCGACGACGCAGGAGAUCCAAAUUGGACAGAAGGACAUCGGUCUUAGGAGGCACUCGUCUGUGUCUUCUGUCACGAUUCAGCUCCCUAGAAACCCGAACCUACCGCAAGGCUGCGAGAAGCGCAUCAACAGAGGUCGUCUCCGCAAUGCUUCGCCCAAGCCAGAAAGGUUCCAGAACCGAGUCGCAUUCGACAACAUUCCCCUCGGCGAAGCUACCAAGAACAACACUCCGAGCCUGACGCUCAACGACAGGCAUAAGGGCUAUCGCGCUGGUCGCAGGUCGCGCACUUUCAUGGUGGGCGUCGAUGAGCAUGCAUAUUCGGACUAUGCGCUCCAGUGGCUGCUCGACGAACUUGUGGACGACGGCGACGAAGUUGUCUGUGUGCGCGUCAUGGAGAAGGACAUUCGAUCACAUGAUAAGAGCUACCAAGAAGAGGCCCGGUCGAUCAUGGACAGCAUCCGAGCGAAGAAUACCGCGGGCAAGGCCCUGAGCUUCAUUCUGGAAUACGCCGUGGGCAAGUUGCACGGCACAUUCCAGAAGCUUAUCCACAUGCACGAACCUGCCAUGCUUGUGGUCGGAACCAGGGGCCGAUCCCUUGGCGGUCUGCAAGGUCUGGUAAACACGCGCAACUCCUUCUCCAAGUACUGUCUACAAUACUCCCCAGUACCUGUUGUGGUCGUGCGCCCGACGGAGAAGCGCAUCAAGAAGAAGGAGAAAAGAGCGGCAGAUGCCUCCCGCCAGACAUAUGCUGGGAUGCUGUCGGCCACCGACGGCAAGCAUGAGGCUGACAGUGAAGCAAGCCGUCAGUAUGACCUUGAGGUCAAAAUCUCGCCUGACGAAGAAGCGCAUCAAGUCGCCAAAGUCCUGGGCUUACCUGCGUCAUUCGACCCUACUAUCAAACCCCUGGCCUCUGCAACCUACAAUCGAGUCACGCCUUCGCCUACUGCUCCGACGCUCCAGAUCAUGGCGGACGUACCACAGACAGAGGCUAGUGUUUCCACUGGGCCCCUCAGUGCUGGCAGCGACAGCAGUGACUCGGAGGAUGACGAUGCCGAGGGCGAGUUUGAGGUUAUGACGGGUGAUCAGGUUAUGGAUCAAGCAAAGAAGAGGGAGUUGCACAAGAUGGAGGUCGGCGAAGCCAUGGCGUUGCGCGACCACAAGCUGGGCUCUGAUUCCGACUCGGAUGACGAAGGCAACAGUAAGAACGCAUCUUAGAAGCUGUGUUCCACCACUGUCACGUUCGAGAAGCAGCCAUUCAGUUUUCAUAUUGAGUCUCAUUCGAUGACGGGGGCUUGGACCGACACACGCGCAUUCGUUUCGCGUCUGCGCGAGUGGCAGCAGGUACUCCCAAACCUCACUGGCGAAUCUUGCAAACCUUCUCCGAAACCUCAGGACACUGGUCCUCCUCCAACACCGCCGACUUCAUCCCCAAACACUGUCAAUGAUCCUCCGACAUCUC